AUGGAUGAUAACGAGCCAAGAAGGAGAAUAAGAGCUCGCAGAGCUUGCAGUCCCUGUAGAGAAAAGAAGAUAGGAUGUGAUGCUCUCAGACCAUUCUGCAGUAACUGCGCAUCAAAAAAUAGAGUAGAUUUAUGUCAUUACCAAAGGGACCCCUUGAUGGAUCAACUCACGGAAGAAAGAUUAGUUAAAGAAAAUAUAUCAGAGAAAAUUAAAUACUUUAAUGAAAAGAUAAAGCUGUUGGAGCUUGAGCUUGACCGACAUGACUCACUGAAAAAUCAAAAUGGCAAUAAGAAUAUAGGAAAUGAGUGUUUCAAACAAGAAGAAGGGAAAGAUGAUGUUUUUUUAAAUUUAAAAAAAGGAUUCAGUUUUUUUAUUGUUAAGCACUCUAGAUUGAGGUAUUUUGGGCCAACAUCACAUGCGUUCUUUUACCUCAAUGAUGAAUACGCCAGAAGUAUUUGCGAAAGAUACAUAAAUGACCAGGUACGAGCAUUUGGCCUUAAGCGCAAAUCCAAUAAUGAGUCGUCGGAUGCUCAUAUACCAGAAGACAAUGAAAUAAUGAUUUUAAAUUCUUCGAUGCCCCGAAAGCUAGUUUUACCUCCCCUCAAAAUAAUCAGAUUAUUGAUAAGUAGGUUCUUUGCUGUUUGCCACCCUUUCUUUCCCCUCGUAGAAGAGCAUGCUUUCAAACACGACAUAAUAGAGAUUUUGAAAGAUUUUAAACUUAACCUUGAUGAGCUUUCAGAGAGAAAUUCGAGCACUGUCGCAAUGUUGUUGAUAAUUUUACGGUUAGCGUUUUCAACUUUGUCGUUUAAAGUGUCUAAUGAUGACACCGAAAUUGAGUAUGUGCUCGCUAAGCAAUUUAUUUCCAGUUAUAACAUUGGAAGUUCUUAUGUUGAAUACGCAGGUGAAAUUGUUUUGUCGAUGAGGAACCUUCGAAGGAUAAGUGCUCGUGAAAUACAAGCUACGAUGCUUUUACUUUGCUACAAGAUGCACUCUCCUGAUGACGAUGAAUCUAACACUGACAUUGGACUGCUCUUAGGAAUGGCGGUCCAGAUGGCCAAAUUAUGUGGGUUGGAUAGAAUGACAGAGUCAUCAGAAGAUCCCUUGAUCAUUGGUGAUGAGUAUGAGUUAAAAAAGAUUCUCUGGUCUCACUUACUAUAUUAUGAUGCGUUAAUUUCGUUUAGUUUGGGGAUACCUUUAUCGGUUGCGAAUGCAUCUAUUUUUUCAACUGAUUCUUACGAUGAAGUUAUUUCUACUCCUAGAGAAUCACAUACUCUUCUUUUGAAUGACGAAGCUCGAUUAAGAAGAAGGGUGACCAAAGUAGCAAGGGAAGCAGUUCAACUAACGACUAAUUCAAGUCUCAACCCUCUGAGAGCCUCGUUGGAAAAAAUAUUUUUUGAGUUGCAAAUGAUACUUAAUGAAGAUUUAUCACUUUUUGGUGAUUUGAAUAUUUCCGAUGUCUCAGUUGGGGAUAAGGGUUAUUAUAGAUCUUUGAUAGGUCUUAAAUUCAAGAUAGACCUACAUUUGAAAUCAUAUGCGAUUCUCUGCAUUUUGUAUUUAACAUCAGAUAAAGAUAGGGAGAAAUCAUUAAGGGACUCAUAUUUUCAAUUUGCUUUGCAAGAAGCUCUCAUUAUUUUUCAUCAGGGUAAUAGCUUUGUGAAGAAUUCCCUGGGGCAAACGGCUACUCGAGAAAUUGUUGCGUCAUAUUUCGUGGACCCUUUGUUCAAAGUGAUACCUUUUAUUAGCUCCCUUAUGUUGCAGGAAUCCAUACUUGAAGGUUGUUUCCAUAAAUACUUGUCCCAAAUUAAGUCUCGCGAAGUUUCAAAAUUUUUGAAUGAAUUAGGUAUCGAACUAAACCAUUCUGAGAACAUCGUUGACAAAUUCGUCGCCUUAUUUGAAGAUCUAAGUAGCGAUAGUAGGAAUCUUGUCGUCGAAUUUUUAUGUCGCCGUGGGGUUACUUUAGUUUGGAUUUGUAGACUUAUUUUGGAUUAUUUCAAAAGAAGAUCUCCGAAUUCAAUAUGCGAGGAUGCGGAUUUAACUGAACAAACUAUACUUCGUGAUCUCUUUUUAUGA